UGUGUGCUACUGCUGUACUUACAACCUCUAAUCAGAAAGCCAACAUGGUCCAGUGGACAGCUGAGGAGAGAGCCGCCAUCACUUCUGUAUGGGCCAAAGUCAAUAUUGAACGGGAAGGUCUGGAGACUCUGAGCAGGCUGCUCUUUGUCUACCCUUGGACCCAGAGGUAUUUCAGCAGCUUUGGAAACCUGUCCAAUAUUACAGCCAUAUCUGGGAACGUCAAGGUCCGUGAGCAUGGCAAGAAGGUUCUCACAGCUAUUGGCAAUGCCAUCAAACAUCUGGAUGAUGUGAAACAUCACCUGGGUGACCUCAGCAAGACCCACGCCCAGGUGCUCAAUGUGGAUCCCGAGAACUUCAAGCGUCUGGGUGAAGUGCUGGUGAUCGUCCUGGCUGCCAAGUUGGGACCUGCAUACACUCCUCAAGUCCAUGCUGCCUGGGAGAAAUUUAUUGCAGUCCUGGUGGCUGCUCUGAGCCACGGAUAUUUCUAA